AGGAAAAUAUGCACACAAACUAGCCGAAAAAAGAAGCAUAGGAAUAGGACAUUCUAAGAUCGAGUCAAAUUGAAAUUGAUUAAACUAAUUUGGUUAACUUAUCCAGAUGGAGGACACCUCAUCUUUUCCCGACCUUCCACCCUUAUCUUCGCAGACCACAGUUCCAAAUAAGGAUGAAGAUGAUGACGAUUACGAUUCUGAAAUAGUUGUUCACCCUCCUUCUAAGCCAGAACCUCCUCCUCCCUCCUCGAUGGGCUCGUCAACCGUUCCCGUAUCUACGUCAUCGACGCCUUCGUCGUCAACUUCUUUAGAGGGAGGUGGGCUGUCUAUUUCUCUUCCUACUCCAACUCCUGCACCAUGUCCGCCUCCAGCAGUGCAAAGCGGACCGCUUACUUUGGGGGAAGAGAUGCGACGAGCUUAUCGAGAGCAGCAGUCCAAGAGUAGGAAGGAGGUUGAAGAGGAGGAGAGGGAGAAGAUGCAAGUUCUGGUAUCCAAUUUCUCAGAAGAACAACUUGACCGAUAUGAAAUGUACCGAAGGUCUGCAUUUCCGAAGGCUGCGAUAAAAAGGCUGAUGCAAACUAUCACAGGAAAUUCAAUUUCUCAAAAUGUGGUAAUCGCAAUGGCUGGGAUUGCUAAAGUAUUUGUUGGAGAAAUUGUUGAAGAAGCUUUGGAUGUGAUGGAACGUAACGGCGAAACAGGGCCCGUUCAGCCUAAACAUUUACGGGAAGCGGUUCGAAAAUUAAGACUUCAAGGCCACAUUCCUCGCAGUCGAGUUCGAAGAUUUAAUCCAUUUCAUUUGUAAAUUGAAGUUACUCAUAAUUUUAAAGCGAAGUUGUUAAUCGUAAGCUCAAGUUUAUUCACUGAUGUAGUAAAUUUUAUGUUUUUUUUUACUUUAAAGUUUAAAUUGUUCAAUUACAAUUACAUAAAAUAUAUUGUACACUAUAUUCGAUUCUGUAAUUAAAUGCUAAAACUUAGCUCUUGUCAAUA